GCCCUCCAAAGCAUCCAGGCGCAAGCUCUACGAACCUGUUUAGGGCUACCCCGCUCUGCUUCGACGCCCGGGACCAUUGCGGAGGCUCGCAGGUUUCCAAUUAAAGCAUACAUGAUACAAGAGACACUGCGGUUGCACUUGAGGCACCUUACACAACAUUCUCGCCAUCACUUAGCAACGUUACCAACAAACAGACCGAAGUCCAGCUUCUCCAGAACGAUAAGAAAGCACAAUACUACUCUAAAUAAUUUCAAUCGACCAUCUAUUAAGAGCAUACCGCCAUGGACAUUCUUGACUCCAGAAGUAGUGCCGUACAUCAAAGGCAUUCAUAAGAAGUCAUCAACUCCACUGCCUGUACUUAAACAACUGACAUUAAGGGUCAUAAAUGAAACAUAUGGCUCGACGACACAUGUAUACACCGACGGGUCCUCCUCUGAAGAACGAGCUGGAUCUGGGAUUGUAAUACCCGCCCACAGUAAUUCCUCCAGUUUUGAAAUUGGACACAAAACGACAUCAACGGCAUCUGAGCUAGCGGCCAUACGAGAGGCAGUAAGGUACAUCCUAUGUCAGGCACCCCAGAACUGGACCAUCUUCAGUGACUCAAGACCAGCGCUACAAAUAAUCCAGUCUUCUAUGAAAAAUAAUGCGUACGACUUUCUGGCAUACCAAAUCUUCUGCACCUGCCACCGGGCCCUCCAGCAGGGUCAUCACAUAACUCUUCAGUGGAUACCAGGUCAUUGUGGUGUCGCCGGCAAUGAGGCAGCAGAUAGUGCAGCAAAAUCAACCAGUAACGGCAAGAAAAUUUGCAUACCCUACUCCAGAUGGGACACAAAAAUUCUGGUUCAAGACGUGGCAAAAGAAAUUUCACAAAACUAUUGGAUGAAUCCACAUUACCACCAUCCCAGGCUAUACUCCCUUGAUCCCCAACUUGCAUUCCGCGUUCCAUCUGGACUUUCAAGACAGCUAGAGGCGGUCCUGCACCGACUAAGGCUUGGUGUGGCAUAUACACCGCAGUUCCUUUAUCGAAUUCAAAGGAGAGAUUCCGCGAACUGUCCAAGCUGCGAAGUUGAAGGGACAAUUCAACACAUCCUGUGUGAAUGUGAUAAAUUUAACGAGGAUCGACAAGUGCUGGAACAGACAUUAAUGGCGUUGGACUCGCGGCCUUUCUGCUCAUCAAAAGUGCUUGGUGGCUCCAAACCUCAUCAAGACAUUUUGCUGACAUUUUCUGGGGGAAGCCAAGCCCCCAAUAUUUUGUCACUUAUGCUUGAGAGGUUGUGUGAAUUUUCGCAGUGGUAA